AUGAAGAUAGUUGCAUUAUUAUUGGUGUUUUUAUGUUACUUUUUCCAAAAUUUUGUGUCAGCUCAACUCAAAAUUGGUUUCUACAAUUCAAGUUGUCCAAAUGCUGAAUUUAUUGUGAAAAGUAUAGUGCAAAAGAGGUUCAAAAAUAAUCCUUCAAUUACAGGAGCUUUGCUUCGUUUGCAUUUUCAUGACUGUGGUGUCAGAGGUUGUGAUGCAUCAAUAUUGAUAGAUUCAGAUUCAUCAAAAAACCAAAUAUCAGAAAAAGAUUCUGCCCCUAAUUUAACAGUACGAGGUUAUGAACUAAUUGAUGAAAUUAAGGAAAAAUUAGAAUCUAUUUGUCCUUUGAUUGUUUCAUGUUCAGACAUUGUGACACUAGCCACUAGAGAUGCAGUUGCCUUAGCCGGUGGGCCCAAAUACACCAUCCCGACGGGCCGGCGCGAUGGGCUCGUGUCGAACUCAUCAGUGGAUUUGCCCGGCCCGACCCAGCCUGUAUCAGAAAUUUUGCGAUUCUUCAGAACUAUAGGUUUGAACAAAAUUGAUAUGGUGACGCUACUAGGAGCUCAUACAGUUGGAGUCGCACAUUGCUCGUUUUUUCAGUCUAGGGUUUCAGACUUUCGAGGUACGGGGAGACCUGAUCCCACGAUGGAUCCUAAAUUGGUUAAGAAACUAUUCAGAUUAUGCAACACGUCUAAGCCGCCGACUACAUUGAACGACGUUCCGAGAACAUUCUUGGAUCAAAAUACAUCUUUUAUAGUCGAUAAUCAAUAUUAUAAUCAAAUCUUGAAAAAGAAAGGGAUUUUGAAGAUUGAUCAAGAACUUGCUUUGGAUAAAUUGAGUGCACCAAUUGUUGCAAGAUUUGCAAAUAAUGGAAAUGCAUUUAGAAAGAGUUUUGCUAAAUCUAUGGUCAAAAUGGGAAAUAUUAAUGUACUAGUUGGUGAUGAUGGAGAAAUUAGAAAAAAUUGUAGGGUUUUUAAUAACCCUAAUUAA